UCUGCUUUAUAAAGCACAGACAACUCCCAAGACACUUCAGUAAAUUCUUAAUUUUGCCUUGUGUUGGAUAAAAAAUGAAAAUGCAUUCUGAAACGUGGAAACGCUAUAGAGUAUUAUACAGUUUAGCGAUACUUUGGUGUUGUAUAAUAAGAGCAAAAGGGGAUACUGACACCAAUGUGGAACAAUUAAUAGUACCAAAGACCGAUUCAAAGAGUGAUCUUCUCAAAAUAAUCUCGGGCGUUCUGAACGAAAGAAAAAUCAAUUCAUUGAGCUCUAUUUCGUCUAUAAAUAUCAGUGCAGGAUCCAUAAACUUUAAUAUACCAUUUACUUUUCCUGGUUCAAACGCCAAUGAGACUGCACAUGAAACACCAAUUAACUAUGUCAGGGAUGACUAUACCCUGACGGAAGGUAUCGGUUAUCACAAACUUCACAUGAAAAAAGCAAACUGGAAUAAUGCUCGCAAAGCUUGCAACGAUGAGGAUGCUCACCUAGCAGUGAUCAAUUCUGAAAAGGAGGAAAGAGCACUACGUGUACUGUUGGCAAAAAAAGAAGAUGCCAAAGAGGCUUACAUAGGUGCACACGAUAUGUUCCAAGAAGGUGAUUGGGCGGUCAUUACUGGAGAAUCAUUGGGAAAAGCUGGAUUCAAUAAGUGGUCUAAUCUCUGGCCUAAUAACCCAGAUAAUUUUUUCGGGAAUCAGAAUUGUGCUGUUAUACGCAUAGAAGGAGGAAUGGAUGAUGUGCGAUGUGGAAUUGAUCAUUAUUACAUUUGUGAGAUUCCUCACUUCUUCUGCUUGUCUGGGACAGCGAAAAUGUAUUCUGGAUCGAAGCAUCUCGCUUGCACAAUAAUUUACUUAGUCGCCAUUUCGUGGAAGGAAACGGUACUUGCUAAUGAAGACGACCUAACAACCGGCGAUACCACUGUGGAUAAAUUAACAAUGAACAGUGUUAAUCACAGUGGACUUUCAAACAUUACUAAUGACGUUCUCAACGGCACAAAAGCUAAUUCAAGAAGUUCUACCGCGACUUUAAAUCUUAAUAAUUCAAAUAUAACCAUUCAUAACUUACUAAUCGGCGGCUAUUCAGAUGCCAAUGUAUUGGAAAAUAAACCAAUAAAUAAUAUAAGAGAUGAUUAUACUCGGAUACAGGAUGUUGGUGUAUACAAGCUUCAGAAAAGGAAGCUUGCCUGGUACGGUGCUUAUAAAGCUUGCAUGGAGGAAAAUGCUCAUCUGGUAAUGAUCAAUUCACUGAAAGAGGCAGAUGUACUAGGUCAGUUGAUGGCGGAUGAAGAUGUUCGGUCCGCCUAUAUAGGUGCACACGACAUAUUCCUAGAAGGCGAAUGGAUUACUAUUCACGGGAAAUCACUGGAAAGUGCAGGAUUUAAUGUAUGGGCUCCUGGCGAGCCGAAUGACGCUGGAGGAAACGAGGAUUGUGCCGUUCUGCGUCAAAAUGGAACAAUGAAUGAUGUACCCUGCUCUUCCGAAUGGUACUACAUUUGUGAAAUGCCUUUAUGACUCGGAGAAUAAUUGUAAUUACAUCUUCUAACUCUACUUGCAUUGAUCUACAAAUCGUCUUAUACUAAUAAACUGGAAAUGAUUAAAUU